UCUCGCAUACAACACAUCAUCACACGUCGACGAGAACAAGAGAAAAAAGAUAACAAUGACAACAUAUGCACGAUAGCGACACGCAAUACAAGUGACACUUCCACUGCAGAAAUCCCUUUUGCCCUACUCAAGGCUCAUUUUGGAACUAUUCAUCGGUUUACUCAUAAUGCGCCAAUAAACCUAGUGUUCAAAUAUCUUGAAAUAAUCUU